CCCGCGGCGGCCCAUACACGGCCUGGUCAGCAAAGCCUUCAAGAUCCGUCACCUCAUUGCCGAGGCUAUGAAAAGCGUAGUCUCCGUAGCAGACCUAAAAAGCCGGCAAAAAGCGAGACCCUACUCCCGCGACCGGCAUUCGUCGUGGAAGAAAUGGAGGACAUUUAUGGCAACAGAGCAAAGGAGCGACACACGAGAUCAUAUGUUUUAUGUUGCACGUCCUUAGGGCUUCGGCGGAUUGAAAAGGUCGAGGGGAGCACUCUUCUGGAACACGUUCUCCCACCAACCGAUCUCAGGCUGCGCCUUCAUUGACAUCUCCGCUAACCAGAAAAGCAUGGUAACAUAGUAGUUUUGCUCCCAGUACUACUAAGGCCCCUUCGGGCCGUCGUCACGGUGCUUGUUCCAUGCGCUCUACGGAGGUUGACGUUGCUUUUGACUGGUGACGAACCGCGGAUACCACUAUCGGGUGCAAUGACGACGUAGCAUACCGAAGGCAGCGCAGACCGGCGUCACCCGUCCGAGUCACAGCGUCCAAGUAUGGGGAGGGUCUAAGGAGGAGGA